AUGUCAAACGCUGCUUAAAAUAGUUACAGGCAAGAACGCAUGAGCGUAUAAAUAUAAGCUGAAAGAAAAGCUCUGAAAAGUUGAAUGCAGUGUUAUUAAACCGACCAGGUCAAAUAACAAGUUUAGAAGUUUUAUUAGGUUCUCCGUUUAAUUAAUAGUGAUACUUUGAAUCAAACGACAUUAAACAUGGGUGGAAACGAUAAUGGAUUAAAUGCGGCCACUAUUUUGGCAUAUUAUAUUCAGUACAAGGCGAACAAGUUCGGUGUUAAGUCGAACAGUUCGCCGAUCCGAAAUUUUCACAAGAACAAUGUCACUGAUGCGGUCGUUGAAUUAUGUGAGGAAUUUGAGCAUAGAUAUGCAAAGAGCUUCGGGGAGAUGUGUAAGGAAUGUGCGAGCAAGAACUUGGCUCAGGAGGGUUAUUGGAGCAUUUUGAGUGAAUUGUUAGACACAGAUCUUAACUGGAGUCGCAUCAUUGCCUUAUUCGCUUUUGCUGGGGCAUUGUCGGUAGACCGAAUGCGGUCGAAUUGCCACGGGGACGUAGAGAAUAUCCAGGACUGGACGUGCAAGUUCAUGAGAAAACACGUAGAACAAUGGGUUGACAAAAAUAACGGCUGGAAUGGACUGAUAGAAUUCCACAACAAACCAGAUGAGAAGCAGAAUGGUGGAUGGGGCUCUCUGUUUGUGAGCGCGUUCAGUGCUGCGUGCCUGCGAGUGCUUCUCCCAAACCAUUGUUAAGCCCAACGUUUAGAUCUCUGUUUCAAAUAUUGUCGUUGUCUGCUUUUCGUAAGAGAGAAAUAAAUCAAAGCAUCUGUGACCGUGGUCCGACAAUGACCGACUGCGUGUACUUCGGGUUCGUGCAAGCUGAAUGUUUUUACUAUUUAUAUAUCUUAUUUUCGAAGCUAUCGGAAUUGAAUCCAAACUUCGUUUAGUUUAUUUUUUGCUGGCAGAUCAUCUAUUUCGUAAUUGAUCUGAAUGCUACGCGUGACAAGAAAGAUGCCGUGAGAUGUGUACUACUCCAGUAUCGUUGCGUAGGCUUGAAUCAUUGAUUUCCCUCGAACAAUUAUAACACAUACAUUGUCACUAGACAUUUGAACUGGAAAAAAAUCGAUUUCAGUUUGUAAGUUUUAUCAAACCAUUGAUGCUAUCUAAGAGAAAAGUUUGUAUAUAUGUUUCUGGCAUAUGUGUGAUUGUCUAUAUGGCAGCAGAGAGAUCUUCUAGUCUUCAUUUUCUGACAUUGUAUAUACAUGUAUUUUCAUUAAUCCAUUAUUAUAUUGCCAGCUUGAAUUGUUGUUUAAUCAUUUAAGAGAUGAAUUUUCUUUUUUUUAAAUGUAGAUUUAUCGAAAUUAUAAAAUAAAAUACAAUAACGA